UGGGUUGUUCUUGCACAUCACUAGGCCCAACGUUCACAUUAGUUGCAAUCUGUAGGGUUGGGUACCUUUCACAUUUCAACCGAUUUUAUACAGUCUAUGGUUACAAUCCGAUUGUUAAAAAGAAUCUGCAUGUAAACGACGUGGCUAGGAAAUUCUGCGAAAUGCAGUAAUUGAAUCCGGGCAAAGUGGACAUAGAUCCUUUGUCAACACACAAUAUAGUCUUGACGAUUUUAUUUAGGUAGCCUACUAUUUUUCAAGAACAGCUUUCAUGUAGGACAUACAACACCCAUCAUGCAAUUCGAUCAAUUUACCAUCCAACAGCAACAGGAAGCCUUUCCAGAGGUAGCUUAGCGCUCAUCGAAUGAACAAAGUGAGUCAAGUCCUAAACGUAACUGAAUGGUUAGUUUAUUGUGACGGGAUGUAGCAUGCUAGCGUCAGUGAAGGUGUAGCAUGGCAGACAGCUUGUGUGAGAUGGCAAGUCGAACAUCCUUUUUCAUUGGACCUGAAGGUGACUUCAUGUAGCCUAGCUUGUUGCUUUAAACCUUCAUUGCCAUGGAGACCGGGGCAGGAAGUGAGCUCAGUGAAGCAGAGAUUGUGGAAUCCAUCUCCCAGGAGUCACCACACCCUCCUCCACAGCCACCCUCUGGGAAACUGAGGAAGACCGCCUUUAAGUUCUUCAGCAGCCGCAAGAGCAUCUGCGUGCUGCCCAGCUUCUUCGGUGGGCUCGGGAAAGGCCAAAGCCGAGGGUCCUCCAAGAGUGGCGUCACCAAGAGCAGGACGCACGACGGCGUGAGCCGAGGAUGCUGGGACGACGGCGUCAGGGGGAGCGGCGACAUCGCGGCCGGAGACUUUGAAUUUCGCGCGCAGCGAGACUGUGGAGGCGGGGCUGAGUCGCAACGGGGAACAGGGGAGACUUUGAAGUCACAAUUCCUGCCAUGGCAGAGGAGGGGCCUUCGAGGCCUCUUCAGCAGCAUCAGGAGACACAAGAGGAGCAAGAAUGUAGAGAAAAUCUCGAGCCUGGAGAUGUUGCCCAGUGCCUGUAACGUGCCUGUCGCCCAGGUGGACACCGGUCGUCACAGCAGCAGUGACGAUGGCCGCCUGGGCAGCGUGUUGGAACCGGUUGUGCCUGACUCCGCUAACGGCAGGGAGGGUGUUGUGUACGCCGCCGCUGAAUGUAUGAAAGCUGACGUGUUAGUGCCUGAGAUGAGGACGAGGGGGGUGGGAGAGGGGAACCUCGAGGAAGAGGAAGAGGAGGAGGUGGGGGAGAAGAGGAGGAGGAGUGGAGUGGAGGCAGCUGCUGAGGAAACAGAGGUUAUCCAGAGGGGUGUUCCCGGCACAUAUCGGCAGCCCCUUUGUGCCGACUCGGAGCUGGUGCGUCUUGCCGAGCAAAACCCAGAAGGGGCGGACUGCGACCCCCCGGCUGCGUCUUCCUCCUCUGACCACGCCAGCCUGGUCUUUGGCGACGUGGCGUCCCUAAAGAGCUUUGACUCGCUCACGGGCUGCGGCGACAUCAUCGCCGACCAGGACGACGACAGCGUCGCCGAAAGCUCGGUGUCAGGCGAGCGGGGCAGCCGCAACGCCGGCAAGCGCAGCUCGUGCUUUGUCUCGUACCAGGGCGGUGGCGAAGAGAUGGCCACACCUGACGAGGUGGACGGCGACUACCUGCAGGGCCUGUGGGAGGCCGAGGCUGCCAACGAGGCGUGCUACGUCCCCGACGAGCAUUCCGACGACCUGCCAAUCACCCCGGACCAGCCUAUCAGCUCGCUGCACACCAUCACUACCCCGACCACCAGCAGCAGCGAUUGCGGCGGCAUCAGCAGCAACACCGACAGCAGUCCCCUCGGCGUGUUGGAGACGGUCCUGAGCCCAGGCGACCUCAUGACCCCUCAGAGUGACCACCAGGAGUCGGUCCCCAACAGCGACGAGGGCUACUACGACUCCACCACGCCCGGGGCGGACGAUGACGCACGCGAACGGCCAGCGCCGAGACCUGAGCGGCUGCCGCGCGAUAGCUACAGCGGUGAUGCCCUGUAUGAGCUCUUCGAGCCCGAUGACCGGCUCCUCAGCCCGGCUCUGGCCGGUGAUGGUGACCCGUGCGACUUCCUUGGGAUGUCCCUGCCGGGCAGCGACGAGGGUAAGGGAAGCCCCAUUUACUCCCUGAAGACGGGCGCCAUGGACACGCGCGCCAUGGAGACAGAGGAGGUCCACCUGACCAAGAUCCAGCAGGCGCUUCUGUGCUGUGAACUUCAGAGUCUCAGGACGACGGGCAAGGACCCGCUGUUGUUCAACCGAGGCCCGUACUACACCGACUCGGACCUCCCUCUGGGCAGCUGCAAGGUGGGCAAGAAACACCUGGAGGAGCCCUUGAGCCCCAGAGGCACCAGGCUAGCUCCUGUGCGCCAUGCCUUAGAGGAUGCUUCUCUCUCCUCCGACGGGGGGUCAGGGCCCCAGAUGCAGGACAAUCCCACGUACUCCCAGAUCCCAAGUCCACUGCAGGAGUCGGGACCCUACCUGCAGCGUGACCAGUGCAGCCCUCCGGCCGCCCAGCCCCACGGUCUCUCACUGCCCAGCGGCGGCCAUUCCCAGGAGGAGCUGACGGUGUGCUUCUCGCAGGCGCUGGUGGACUUCACGAAGCGCUCGCGCGUCUACUGCAACUCCACGGAGAGCCUGGACGGCUCCGAGUCCAGCUCGCCGUUCGGACAGAACCUGCAGGCCCUGCCGACCAUCGUGACCUUCGAUGUGGUGGACAUGGAGAACGAGGGCGAGUUCGAGCAGCAGACGGAGGAGGGCGUGGAGGAGGAGCUGGCGUCUCCGUUCGAGCCCUUUGAGCCGUUCGAGGACGAGAGCUGCUACCUGCAGAAGGACGCGUUUGCCGAGUGCGACGAGCGCCUGUUCGACGCGUACGAGCAGAGCCUGCUGCUGGACAACAACGCGUGGGGCAUCACCAGCCUGCCGCGCCACCUCAGCUCCGGACGCGCUAGCCAGACCGCUGCGCCGCCACUGGCCCUCAACCGCCGCAGCCGCUCACUCGACACCGACAGCCUGGAGCUGUGCGCGAGCAGCGACGCUGCGGCCACAGCUGGAGGAACGCCGUACGAGACCGCGAGAACAGCCAGCUCGCUUCACCGCAAAAAGAAGAACGCCCACGUCUCUGGCGCCCCAGGUCAAGCCAGGGGGGGCCUGAACCAGCAGCCAGCGGCGACCAGGGAUGGCCGAAGACACGGCCACGGUCAGGGUCUCCUGGAGCCAGUGUCGGUUUCAAACUCUGUGUCCCAGAAACAGCCUUCCGCGUGUCCCCCUCCAUCCGAGACGCAUCCUGCCAGCAAGCCGGCCCUCCAGGCUGCCAUCAGGCCCUCCGACCUGCCUCUGCAGGCAGCACCCUCCCUCCGCGGCCGCAACCCAGCUGGGGCAUCUGCGGGGGGUAAUGGGGCAUUUCUUGGAGCCAACCACCAGUCAUCGGGAGAGGGCUUGGAGGUUUUUUACCGUUGCGGCCUGGCGGAGUCCGGUCAUUCCCAGGGCAAAAUGCGCCCAGUCGGGGUGACGCAGGGUGUCCCCCACCUCUGCCCCAGCGCUAGCUGUUCCCCCUGGGCCAGAUCGGACAAAGAGCGAGCGCUUAGUGGAAAGAGUAUGAAGGCGGUGGAGGUGGGCUAUGGUGGUCCCACUCAGAGCAAACGCUCCACGUAAUUGAAGCCCCGAUUCAGAUCAGAUGUGCAAUCUGCAGCCGGACCCUCAUCACCACCAAAGACCCUGCUGGAUGUCUCCUCAGCACUAUUCAUUUCUUUGGAAUACCGACUCUUCGCUCUUUCACAGUUUCUUUCUUUCUGUCUCUCUCUCUCUCUCUCUCUCUCUCUCUCUCUCUCUCUCUCUCUCUCUCUCUCUCUCUGUUACCCAUGCACACACUCUUUGUCCUGGUCAUUCUAUGUCGUCCAUCUCUUAUUCCUUGGGGUUAUGUUUUACUUAAGUAUGUUGCUGAUAAAUAAGCUAGCGUCAUUACUUUCAUUCUCAAUUAGUUUUUUAGCACAUACCACACAAUACUAUUUUUAUGUGAAAUGUUACAUCUAUGUAGCGAUUUUAUGAAGAGGUCACCUGUUUUGGUAAUUUUUUUGGUAAAAAUACAAUAUUUAUUACAGAAACUGAAACCUGUCGAUACAGUACACCACACCACACACAGUUUAGGUGCUAGCACUCAAAAUGUAACUUAUGUCGUGAUGAUGCAUUUGAAGUGUCAAAAAAGUAUAUUUUUUACUUUAUGCGUGAAUGACAUGUUCAGUGCAUUUUCCUCCCUUUUCUCUGUACUCUCAAACAUUUCAUUUGUUACACUAUCAGUAUUUUAGCGUUUACACUUUUCCUACUUGUGAGAGUUUUGAUCUUCAUUUGUACUACGUUUAUAUCAAUUUAUUGUUUUGCUGAUGAUUUUGUAAUUGUGCAACUCACAGGUGUACACUACCGUACUGGAUGUUUCCAAAAAAGCUUCUAUCAUUCUGUUUUUUUUUUCUUUGCUACUGUAAAACAAUAUUGUUACACAAGUCAUGUUUAGUAUUCACUGUAACAAGUUACUGGAGAAAUGAGCAGAGGUGCGUUCAAAUUUGCAAACAUGUAGGCUAGUUU